AUGGGAAAGAAACGAAAGCCAGACGAAAUUUCAGACGACGAAAGGAUCCAAACAGUCCUUGUCCGGCAGCCGUAUGGAUGGAAUGAUCCGAGCGUGUGGGAUGCGGAAGAUCGGAAGCGAAACGACAAUGGGUUAUACGUGCUCGUCGAAUGGCUCACAUUCAUCUUUGGCGGGGCAGGAGAACCAGGAACGCUACAGAAUCUUAGGCGCCUAGGUUAUGUUGUCGAAGAUGUAUGGUGGUGGAGCUCAAGAAACGAGAUCCUCGUGUCUAUUCAUCCGGAUAUAAACGUUACAAAGCAGUUGGGUCCUCAUUAUCAUGCGCAAUUUCUGAAAAGCCCUCGUGUGGAUCCCGGUGCAAAGCACACUAUCCUCAGCAAGGCUCGUUAUGAAGGAGCGGUUCAGAUUGUGGGUAAAGGAGAAGGAUGGAAGUCUGUUCCCAAUAUUCCGGUCAUCCAACCUACCUCGAUUCGCACUGACAAAUUUGUCAUCCCAUAUCCAGCUCCAGGUCCUUUUGGUUCUUCUACCACUUCAUCCGGACCUUCCGAUCAAAAACCCACAAUCAAACCAGAACCAGGUGUCCGAAUCAAACCAGAGCAAAGUUUAGAUGCAGAGUCUCGAGCCCAAACAGAGGAAUUUGAAUUCACUCAUGUACCGGAGGUCGAUGAGAAACCAGAUAUAAGAGCCGAAUCCGAGAUUCGUGAAGCAUAUACGCUGACUGACACGAAAGUCAAAGCGGGAAUUACGAGCACACGCCGAGUGAAUCAAGAGUCGAAGCGGGCAGGUGUCCAACUUUCUAGUCUUAGUCGUGCUCAUUCCCUCUCAGAGCUCGAGACUCAGACCCCCUUUAUUGAAGUAAAGGAAGAAGUCGACUCGAAAGACGGUAUGCUUCCUGGUGACGGCUUGAUCAAGCUAAUCCUGGCCGCAGCACUCGCAGACGAGCUUGCAGCACAGAGAGCUCAUCAGCGUCUCCUCGACCUUGCUGCGAGGGAAGAUAAUGACAGGAUUGCCGAUAGACCAACGAAAAGAGUCAAAGUCGAGCAACCAUAA